AUGGCGACUCAAUCUCUCCCUUCCACCCCGAAAGCGACAUCUCCGGUGGCUCCUCCCAUCCCAGAGGGUACCCUGACCCCUGGAAAAUGGCGACACCCCCAGCUGGAUGAGAUUGUCCGACGCCAACAUGCAGCUACGUUUGAUCAGAAAAAUGUAAAGAAGCUGGUUUGGAACGGCGCAGCUCUGAUAAUGAGCUGGACGUUUGGGUCUACCUUUAAAACCUACUCGCGCCAAAUUUUUGAUACCAACCAUAUGUAUCAGGAAGUUCCGUUACUCGUACUCCAGCUCUUCUUCAUUUUCAAUGUUCUAGUGGCGCUUUAUCCCCUCUUCCGGCCGAAGGAUGACCUCUCAGACAUUUCCCUUACCCCCACCCAACGCUCACUUCUUGGUUUGGAUCCUGCUGUCACACCACCAGCAACUCCUGGGACAACAUUUGUUACCCCGCCCAGAUACCGGCUUUCCACUUCACGCAAAGCCAGUCCUGCAAGCAGACAAUCCUCCCCCAUGUCCGCGAAUGCAAGCUUUUCUGAGCGACGCUCUUCGAUCAGCACACCUUUCUCCCCUGCCUCCAGCCCUCUGCUUUACAAGGCGAUGUCAAAUGGAGGCAGGGAAUCUGUUCAACGCCAGAGCUUUGGAUCCGCAUCCCCUCUGGCUCUGAGUAACUCCUUUGGAGAGUCGACUAUGAGCAUGGGCCCAAGUACACCCUCUCCGCUCAUGGGAAAACGGGGUAGUUUGGGAGUCAAGAACAAGUGGCUCCCACAACGGCGUGAUUACCAGCUUCCUUCCGCUAUGGGAGCUUCGGAGUCCAAGCUUGUCUUCAAACAGGGCAUCUUCCGCCUCUCGGAGGACCAGGAGAUCCCCGCAGACGACCCCUACUGGACCAGAUUCUGGGAACUUCCUGAAUCAACCGAAGAUGUCUUUAGCCUUUUCACACCAGCUGACAUACGACGCACGCGCGAUCACGCCUUGCCCAACUUCCAAACACUCCUGCUCGCAGUCACCUCGCGACUAACUGUACUGAAAAAUCAUCCCUCGUUUCCGGACCCCGAUCUUGCUCCCGAACGUGAUGUCCUCAACUGCAUUCGUAUCCUCACUCGCCUCCUCCCCUAUGUUUACGAGGCGGAGCAUCUGGAGGAAUGGGAGGAUAAUUUCUUUUGGGCACGGAGAAAGAGAAGGACUAGACAAUCACAGAUUGCUGGGGAGGUCCUCUUUGACGAAGCACAACCGGAGGAUACCCAAGAAGCGGCAUCACCGCGCGCAGAGGAUUACGAAGAUGUAAAGCCUCUUGCUGAGGAGUUGAUAGACACAUUGGUGGACUUGCUCUUCUUUGCCGACUUCACAAUUCCUCGACUUCCAACUGCGAAGAGCAAGGUCUCUUUUUCGAUUUGGCAGAGUGGUGUUGGCUGCAACACGGCUAUGGGGUCCAACAAAACAUUGGAGAGCAACCGAUGCGAGAUUCUACGGCUUAUGCUUACUCUGACUGGAAAGGCCAUGUAUUUGCCAUCUAAUACAUUGCCUGUCGUUGGCGUCAAGGCGAUCACUUACAUCACAACUUGCCAAGAUAAGCAGGCUGUGUUGACCCUCCUUUGCUCUCUUCUGAACACGGCAAUGAAGUAUAACCCCGCAUCGUGGAGGGUUCCAUACGACCACGUUGUUUGGAAAGAUCCCAGGCAGAUAUUGGUGAUCUAUUGCGUGCAGCUUCUCCUUGUCCUGUUGUUGUAUCCUAUUCCAGAAGACGGCCGUGGAACUCCACCGAAGAAUUAUUAUCGUCAUUACUUUGGCAGGCUACAUAGACCUCAAGACUUCCAAUUCCUGGUGGAUGGCAUGACGAGAAUUCUGAACCAGCCGAUGCAAGCUACUGCUUCUUAUCUUCCUGGGAGUCAAAGAUCGGUGAAAUGGGCCACUGAGAUGUUGGUCCUUUUCUGGGAGACAUUGCAAUGCAACAAAAGGUUCCGGUCAUUUAUCAUCGACUCCAAUCGCUCCCAUGACUUCCUUGUUUUAUGUAUCUUCUAUGCGAUGGAAUAUAGAAUGGAUACUUCCAAACAAGGAGUGGUUCGGAUGUGCGUUUUCAUCCUCCAGACAAUGAGCGCGGAGCCAACGUUCGGGAAGAGCCUCAACAACAGUUUCGAAGGCCAAGAGACUUUACCGCAAUCGAUCCGGCUACUCAAGUUCCGGGGAUCUUAUGCGGACUAUUUGAUCAUGUCAAUCCACACGUUGAUGACAACCAGCAAGGGGAAUCUAGACACUGUGUAUCCUACACUUUUGAUCAUCCUCAACAAUAUCGCUCCCUAUAUCGAGCGCAUUUCUCCGAGCGCCUGCUCAAAGGUCAUUCAACUUUUCUCUUCUAUGUCUGCGCCCAGCUUCUUGUUGGCGAACGAAACCAACCACACUCUUCUUGCAUCGUUGCUUGACUUCAUCAACAUUGUUCUCGAGCACAAGUUCACCGACAACCCAUAUCUCGUCUACUCGAUACUGAAAUAUAAGCAACGCUUUGAAGCCGUACGGGCUUUCACUCUCGAGAGUGGCCAGCAAGAGAUCGAGCGGCAGAAUGAGAAGAGAAAAGCUGGCAGUUCUUCAGAUGUCGCCGUCAGCCCUACACUUUCACAGUCCGAGGAUGAUCUACACACUCCUACGGAUGCCCGAUCCCCGUUAACUAGAAUCCCCGAAGAGAACAGCCCAUUCGCAAUCGGCGAUGAUGACUCCGAUGAUGAGCGUGAAGAAGAGGGAGCACAGACUCCAUCUCAAUCAUCAUUCUCGGCUCAGACCUCACGGAGACCCUCCACGACAUCCACCACGGACGAGAACGGAGCGCAGCAGGUGCGAGCAAUGUCCGAAAAGGCACGAGGAAAGAAACCUGCUGGGCAUCCUCCUUUCUCCCGUCAGAACAGCAUGACCAGUCAGACAAGCAUGUCUGCUUUGUUCACCCCCUCUGCUAGUGGCUUCACACCAACCGUGCCAUGGCUCGAGUCCUGGUUGCCCGAGCUUCCUUUGCACACGACCCUCACCAUCAUCUCAGCCAUUGCACCUCAUAUUCCCGAUGCAGCGCUUGUAAGCGCGGUUAGCCCGGAGGCCCGCACACUAAUCCACAACCUCCCAUCAUUUGCUGAAGAACCCGAGGUUACAAGCAUAAUCUCCGAACCAACCCCCGUUCGCGUGCAAUCAUUUGAGUGGUCCGCACUUUCCAUGGGCUGGUACGAAUCGCUGCUGUGGGGAUUCAUCUUCUCCAGCGAGAUGGUGGUCGGUUCCGCUUCUGGUGCAACCCCAGGAACUGUUGGUGUUUGGAACGGUACAGCUAUCAAACUCUUUAGAGUCCAAGAAGCUGCCGCUCAAGGUCCGACCUUGCUUGCGCCCAAGGGCGCAGUUGAUGCUGUGGGCAGCAACCUCGUCCAACGCAUCGGAAACCUCAGCCUUCGGGGUCGCAACUCACAAGACUCCGGGACAGCCCCUGCGCCAAGCGUACGGGAGGUUUAA